AAUAUCGGUACUUCCUGGACUUGAAUAUGAGCGUGCAGUGUAGUCGGAGCUCACCAGCGGAGGACGCACACAUGGAGGGCAGCGGACACCAGGUAUGCACCACAUAGGUGAGGUGAUAGCCUUUCAGACAACCUGCGGGAUAUGGGGACAGAGAGUGAGAGUAUGCUGGAGCUUGCAGCGGAGGCUUUCCAGUCUAAAAACUUCGAGCUGGCGGCGGAUAUCUACGAGUGCCAGCUAGCGGGUCUUGGAGAUCCAGGGAGCCGGCAGGAGCUGAUGGUCAAGCGGGCUGACGCGCUCGCCUUCGGGGGCAAAUUCACCGAAGCUUUCGAUGUGUACCGACAAGCCUCGGAGAUAGAGAGACUCAGACCUGUCCACUUGGCCAACCUUGUGGACUACCUGUCCGGGAGCAUCCGGAGGCAGGACGGGGGUGAGAGCCACAACAGGAGCCCGAGGAAAGGAGAGGAGGCAGGGGCGGCGGCGGCGGUGGCGGCGGCGGCUGGAUGCCCGGGAGUCGGUGCCACAGGUUGCGGGUACGAAGACUUCACCUGCCGGAUAUGCCUGAGCUUUCUGUUCGAGCCGGUGACUCUGCCGUGCGGACACUGCUUCUGCAAGAAGUGUCUGGAGAGGGAGAGGAAGGAGAAGGAGCGACCGGUGAUGUGUAAGGAGUGCAAGGACAGCUCCAGGGUGGCCGACGUCCAGAGCUACAGGGUCAAUGUGGUCCUCAGCAACCUGCUGGCCAAGUGGUUCCCGACCUCGCACCAGGCCGGCCAGCUGAGGCGGGAGGGCAACGUACUGUAUGCCGAGAGGAAGAUGGAAGAAGCUCUGGAGAAAUACAACCAAGCCAUACUGAUAGCACCUAUGGACCACAUACUGUUCAGUAAUCGCUCUCAGAUCCACUCCAGUCUGAAACACUAUGAAAAGGCUCUGAGCGACGCCGAGAUGGCCUGCAGACUAAUGCCUCACUGGUCCAAGGGUCAUGUCCGUAAGGCCCAGGCUCUGGUGUCGCUGGGCAGGACGGAGGAAGCUCUGAGAGAGUACCUGGUCUGUCUGUCCGUAGAACCUGACUCUAGAGUGGCCAAGACUGAGGCUCACAAGCUCCUCGGUGAUCUCCUGACUCCAGUUACAGAUCAGGUCCCUGAACACAUCUCAGACCACCCCAACAUACUGUCCUUCAGGGCACACAUCAAAAGGAGCAUUAACACUCCCUCCGAGACUUUGCUGCCACCAGAGUUUAGCCUCGCCUUCACUCUUCCUGCACCUGAGAAGUCAGAGUGCAGCGAGGGCAAAGGUCAGGGAAAUCCUGAGGUCAGGAGGCUCGACCACUGUUCCCUCCUCAAACGGAAACGGAGGAGCACAGAGGGGGAGGCGGAGAAGGGAGGUCAUGAGAGGAGCGACGAUCACAAGAAAUCCAAGUCUGAGCCAGCAGCAGAGGCGACAGGGGUCGGCGACACCUUGGACCCGACAGAUAUGGAGUGUUCUCUUUGUAUGAGACUUUUCUACGAGCCAGUGACGACGCCGUGCGGUCACACUUUCUGUCUUCAGUGUCUGGAGAGAUGUUUGGACCACAACCCAAAGUGUCCGCUCUGUAAAGAGGAGCUUUCUGAGUACCUGGUCCAGAGGCAGUACUGCAAGACGGUAUUAAUGGAGAACCUGAUAUCUAAGUAUCUUCCCUCUGAGCUCAUAGAAAGACAGAAAAUCCACCAGGACGAGAUGGCUGAGCUCUCCAACCUUAACAAGAAUGUGCCUAUAUUUGUGUGCACCAUGGCCUUCCCCACUGUGCCGUGUCCUCUCCAUAUCUUCGAGCCGUGCUACAGACUGAUGAUUCGCCGAUGCAUUGAGACGGGAACCAACUGCUUUGGCAUGUGUCUGGGAGACGACCUCAAAGGGUUUGCAGACUACGGGUGCCUGUUGGAGAUCCAAGAUGUGAAGUUCUUUUCCGACGGCCGGUCGGUUGUGGACACCAUCGGCAGACGGAGGUUUAAAGUGAUUAAGCACAGGGAGAAGGAUGGAUACAACACGGCUGACAUAGAGUACCUGGAGGAUGUUACGGUGGAGGGCGUGGCAGAGCGGGAGCUGCAGUCUUUGCAUGACACAGUGUACGACCAGGCCCUGGUGUGGGUCAACUCCCUGAAGAGUGAGCAGAAGGAUCGCAUUGAAGGACACUUUGGACCCAUGCCUGGGAAAGACCCUGUACUUCAGACCAGUCCCAACGGUCCCUCGUGGUGUUGGUGGUUGCUAGCCGUUCUUCCGCUAGAAGGCCGAGCCCAGCUGCCGUUCCUGGCCCUCACCUCUCUGAAGGAUCGCCUCAGCGGCAUCCGCAAGGUGCUGCUCUUCAUGGCCCACAGCAGGCACCGGUGACAUGCUCUCAACGUGUGUGCACCCACCUGGAAAAUGCAGUAAACUACCUGUCCCGCACACACUACCCUCCUCAAAAGCAGCAGUUGACCUGUUGUUUUUCCUUUUUGAUGCACAAAGAAGUGACGUUGUAGCACCCUAUCCCGUUCUGAAAGCAGCGCUGGACUCCAUUUACACAUCAACAACAGACAAAAAGCAGCAAGAAAGAUACUAUAGAUCUCAAUAAAUAGACAUCUUCCAUGCAUAAAACUCUUCACACCGUACAGAAAACAACAACCGUGCAGACCUGCAGAAGCUAGGUUCAGACAGGAGGGAACUCUGAAUCAUCACCUUCCGUUUAACAUUGGAUGUAUCAGUGUAUCAACGCUAAUGCGCACAUGCUAAGUGUAUGUUUUUGUCUCCCUGUGUACAGCAACAAGCUGCUGUGCUCCUUUUGUCUUCAUUUUUCCAGAUUGCACUUUUUCCUUUCUGCCCCUCCUCCAUUUUUCCACGCUCUUCCUCUUGCAUACACAUUGCGUGUGGACAUGCCAAAAAAAAAAAAAAAAGAAGGAAAAAAAAAAUAACAAAACAAACUGCAGUGUGAUGGGAGGGAUUUCUCAGACUGAGCUGCCUAUCUGAACAUAGCUUUAAAGCAAAUUCCCCCGGUUCAGAAUCAUACAAAUCUACUGCGAGUGGCAUCUUCCAUUAAUUCAACCGAUCAAUGUCCCCAUACUGUGUGUCUUUUAAAUGUGCGUAUAAAUUCUGACCAAUUAACCUUUUUUGUGUAAAUGCACUCACUACAGUUUAGUGAUUCAUUAUAUAGAAUAACUGAUUAGAUAAUGAUUAAUUAUAAUGAUUGAAAUCUCUGUAAAUUUAACGCCCAUUACUAAGUUAGACAUUUACAGAUAAACUUAUGUGUUUACUAGUUUGACACCUUUACUAUAAUCAUAUUUGACAGCUAUUAUUCCCGUCUUCCUUCCUUCCUUCUUUUCAUUUCUGUCCCUGUCUGACCCGGCAUCCUGCAGCUGAAUAACAAUGGACUGACCCUUUACAUUGGUGUGCUUUAAGGCUCUUGUUCUUGUGUUUUUAUCCAUCCUUAUUUUAAUUUUUUUUUGUUAAACUUGUUGGAUUUUUUUCUCCAUUAUUUAUUUUGUCAUUAUUAUUUAUGCAUGCAGUGACAUUGUUUACAUUUCACAGAAAGAGAUGCUGAGGUGCUCAUUUUCCAAAGGCUAUUUUUUUUUUUUUUACCCCAAACAUCAGCAACAACGUUUCUCUCGGGGGGAAAAAGAGCCCCAGAGUUUUAAGAUUGCGCACAAAAACACCAUUUGCACCAUCAAGAGAGGGGUGGGGAGGGGUAACGGCUUGGAGCCAACAUGGCAGCCACUGACAACUGCACAGGGCGAACUCUGGAAACUGGAGUUGAGGGCAGAUUCUCUCCCAGACCACAUAUUUUUAGAUCGCCGGUGACCCAAAUUUAGUGUUGUCAUUGGCCUGUCACAAUCCGAGCUAUGUUGAUUUAAACAUAUUUGGAUUCCCUCACUGUCCGCCUCUCUUUAGCUGAGAUACUUGUAACGCUCACAGCCUGUCAGUGAUACAGACAGCAACAUCUGGAUUUCUGAUAUUUGUCCUGAGUGUAUUUAUUCAGUAUUUAUUCUGACUUAUUUUGCACUUCCACUUUAAGUAAGGGAAAGAAACAGGCCUCAGGAUAUGUACGUCCACUAUUGCUAGAGUGGUCACCGCAGAAUAAAGUUAAAUCUUCUGGCGGUUAAAUUAGUUAAAACAGUGUGUAAGCCUAUUUGCAGGCCAACACUACUGCAGUGAUCUCCAUUUAAAUGACUGAUGUAUGCUAUGAGUAAAGGCCAGUGCCUUCUAUCCACAGAAUAACAUAUUGUGGAGUCAUUUUACAUGUUCAGUAGUACAUUUCUUCCCCCUUUUAUGGAGAUUUUUCCAUUCAUCAAAUGUGAUUUUCACAGAAAGGAAAUAAGUAUAAGUGGGAAUAAAACAUUUUGAGAAGUCCUGCAAACGUAUUUAUGAAAAAAAGUAUGUUGUUUGAACAAUAUAGAGGCCUUGCUGAUGUCUGUGACAUAACUAUUUUUACAUGGCAAAAAGCUCAUCUCUGGAAAUUACAAGAGAUUGUUGAGCUUUGCCUUCAAAACCUUUUUAUUUUAUAUACACGUGUUUGAUUUUACAUGGUUCUUUGUCAAUCUGGUUCUUUGUCUUUUAUAAUUUUCUUCACUUACUGAUGUGUUUGUCUCUCCUUAUUUCAUGUGUAAUAGUACUGGGAGUGUCAUGUCAAAUCAUCCACAUUUAUUAUUUUGUAUUGAAAGGGCCAAAGCCAUGUAAUGUUGUAAAAUGAAGUGUAAUACCAUAAUCUUUUAAUUUUCCCCCAUAAUUAUAUUCUCUUCAUGCAUUAUUUGAGUCUUAACCCACAAUUUGAAGAUGUUAUUUAAUAUUAAUUUGUACUAAUGAACAAGUCAAAUAACUGCUUACUAUCCCUCCACCAUGUUGUAAUAUAACUUUGCCAGUAAUGUUUGCUAAUAUCGUAACUGGUAACCACUAACAAGCCACGAUGAGUUGGCUCAAACGGGACAGGAAAGGGAAAAUCUAUUAGUCAAAUAUAAUUACCCCUCCAGUAUAAAAGCAUAUCACUCUUAAACAUUUAAGAUUCAGAGGCAAAUGUAUUUCCUUAAACAACAUAAAGGGAAAAUCCACCUAAAAUCAAAUCACUUAUAUACUUUUCCUAUAAUUUCUUUUUUUCUACAAUUUGUGAGCGUGAGUAACUCCCCCCUGCUGAAUGAGGUGACAGUAAAGCCUCUGUAGAUACCGUCACACGAGGAGCCAGUGGGUUUUUCAUUUGUGAGAGUUCUCAUCCAAAAAGUCAAAGCAUGACACCAAAAUGGAUUUUGGCUUAACACUGAUAUCUGUGAAUUAUUGUUCAUCUGUGGCGGCAGUUCUAGUGCCUUAAGUUGGACUUCUUCCAUUUUCACUUCGAUGUAUAAACUGCUAUGGCAACUGUUGUAAUGGUGUGUGCGACAACCUUGGGUUCCCCAAUUAACAUCUUAAGAUAAUCAUAGUUUUUGUCCCAUUAUUUGAAACAAAUCCCACUGAAGUAACAUCCAAAGUUUUAUUUUUUUAACUGACAGCAUUUGAUUUCUUGAUCCUUUUGCUUUGUGCUCCAAUAACAGUUGAGCAAGCCCUCGGUCAGCUGCGCUCAGAUAUGCUACGUGCUAGGCUCUGCUUUGUUGAAAAAGACGUGUUUUAUGUUUUUUAAGAUUUAAACGUGGCAUAUCUAAGUACAGGAAAGGAGAAAUUUGACCGAAAGUUGCUCAACUGUUAUUGGAGCACAGAGCAAAUAGGGGCGGGACUUAGGAAGGAUUAAUUAAAAUAUAAGGAUUUAAGUGUUGGAUACUCUGUCCAAAACCUCUUCUGCUUAUCACUUUAACUUUACAAUACAACAUUCAACAACUGUCAACCAACAACAAAAGAUCUAAAAUAUCAAAAACCUCUAGGGACUAUUGUAUCUGCAAGCAACAGUUUGACAUUUUAGGAAAUGAUCAAUACCUGCUCUCACGUCACUUCCCAAAAUGUCAAACUUUAGUGGAACCAGAUUACAUAACAGAUGGUUCAAAUGAAUUCACUAAUCAUUAAUGCACCAACACCUCCGCCAUUGUCGAGGACUUUUUUCCCACUGUGGCAAACUCAGCCUUAUCCCCUGCAACUGCGGUCGACGCAUAUUAAUGAGAAAUUAACUCCAGUUACAACUAUUGUCUGUGCUUUUUGAAAUCUAUGAUGAGAGUCCACAUUCUUGGAUUAUCACAGAGAUGGUUUCAGAAGAGAAGAUGUUAAUUAGGAAACAGCAUGGUGAUAAACUGUGACCCAGGAGGGACAUGAACACAGUGGCAUUUGUCAAGUAUUGAAUUCUUAAACUUCAGGAUGGGUUUGGUAUCAUUUUGACUUUUUGUAGCACUCCAAACUCACGAUAACAUUUUAUCAUGCAGACAAACCGGCUCUGACACCAACCUAAAGGGGUUAACAGAGGAUCCCAGAGUUACCCACAGACCCUCUUCCUCUACACUGUGGGGUUUGUUGCUUGGAAAUGGCUUGUGAUUACAACGCCUCCGGUCUGUUCAACAGCAAAAUAACGAGCUAUGCAAAAACAGUAUGAUGGUUGAUUAUGGCCCAUUUGAUAUCCUGACCUUUCAGAAUUCAAUCAUUGACCUUUUGAGUAGUGUAACUACCUCUGGCACUUCCACCGAGAGAGAGAGAGAGAGAGAGAGAGAGAGAGAGGGGGAAAAAAUAUGCUUCCUAAUUGUGUCGUUUUCCUGUCGUUGUUUAAUCUGUGUUGAAAGUGUAAUUUGAGAGUCUAAACAAAUAAUGUGUAUCCUCUGUGGUCCAAAAUGUCUUUUUUGUAUUUUUUUUUCAAAUUUGUGUUGAAAUUGCAUCAUCUUCAUCAACACUUCACACAGAUGAGAGAUUAUGUCACUUGUCGACUGCGAAGGUUUCUAAUGUAAUGUAAUGUAUUUGAUACCGAUCCAGAAUAUUUGACUUAUUUGAAGGAGCACUUGUCCUCUUGUGUGAGUUGACUAAAACACAUCUGAUUUACAGCAAUGGUCUGGAGGAAUCACAACUGACAAUAUAUCACAUUCUUGCUUUGCUAACUUAAAAAAAAAAAAACCUUCUUUACUUUGCCAAGCGCUCCUCAUGUUUUCAAAUAUUUGCACUGACUUCAGUGACUACAUUGCCUGCUUCUUUCUAAGGUUGUUAAUCUCUUGUAGAGCUCCAUGGCCUCUAAAUGUGUCCGGGUGAAUUUGCACAAGAUGAAUGUAUGUUAUGUCUCGACAUCUCUCUGAUAUUUUCUGUACAUGUCUGUUUUUGAUAGUAAAAAACUUUAGUAUGCAUUACAUUUGCAAAAGUACAGUCUGAGUCUACAGCUUGUGAAUAAACCAAAAGCUUUUGUGUUCUCGAUCCUGCAUGGGAUUCACGAACACGCUGGACUGGACAA